GCACUAAUUUUAUCUACUAUUUUGCUCUAAAAGUUGAACUAACUUUUUAAAAAUGGAUAAGUUUCGAAUUAUGGUCCAGUUUUUGCAAGCCAACCAAGAGUCGUUCAUGAAUGGCAUCUGUGGGAUCAUGGCUCUGGCAAGUGCUCAGAUGUAUUCCUCCUUUGAGUUCACCUGUCCUUGUCUUCCAGACUACAAUUAUGCAUAUGGGAUCGGCAUUCUAAUCGUUCCGCCAAUAUGGUUUUUUUUACUUGGAUAUGUACUUAACAACAACAUAUCAGUGUUAACUGAGGAAUGGAAGAGACCGGUUGGAAAGCGCAGGAAGGAUCCGGCGGUUUUACGCUACAUGUUCAGCUCCAUGACGCAGCGCGCUCUCAUCGCUCCGGCUGUAUGGGUAGCCGUGACUUUAAUGGAUGGCAAGAGCUUUUUGUGUGCUUUCAGCGCCACGACAGAUUUAUCUCAGUUCAUCAACGACACCUAUCAAAGCUUAUCCAAAAAGGAGCUUCUGAAAUUACAGGCAAGGAUUCCAUGCAAAGACGUAUUUGAUGGGCAUGUGGUUAUUCCCAGAGAAGCAUCAACUAGGUACAUUCGCUGUUUAUCACAGGCCUGUGGAUGGACCUUUUUAAUGGUAAUAACUAUAGCAGCCUUCUUGAUAAGGGCGAUAAGACCUUGUUUUACACAAGCCGCAUUUCUUAAAACCAAAUAUUGGUCGCACUACAUUGAUACAGAGCGCAAACUGUUCGACGAAACAUGCAAAGAGCACGCUAAGAGCUUUGCUAAGGUCUGCAUACAGCAAUACUUCGAGAGUAUCAGUGGUGAAAUUGUUCCACAGUUCCAGCUACCUACAAAGAAAAAGAAAGGCGGCAAAGAUGAUGACGGGGAAAAACAGAAGAGUGACGAGGAGAAGCUUCUUGGGGUCCUUAAAGAAGAAGACAUGAAUAAAGUCCUGUGGAACUGGCAUGCAUGUAAACCCCCACUAUUUCUGAACAAACACGCUGAAGAUAUGAAUAUGAAUGGACAUGCACACUUCGAUACACUCAGCUUCUCAGAUGAGCACUACACUCACACACCUGUGAAAAACACAGCUGUAGCAUACUACUCCAAAGUCUGACUUCAUGGUUUAAUCUUAAUCUCUGGUAUAGCAGCUGUCAAGAUCUAAUUUCAAUUCAUUGCAUGGCAUUUCUUAUUUGAUAUCCUCCUGAGACUCAGUAGUCGUUCAAUCGAGUCACUGUUGUUUGUUGUUUGUUACUAUAAAUAAAUGAGAACAUAAAUAAUAGGAUAAAAUAGGCUUUUCUGUGAUAACACAAAGCAACACGCAGGCAUGACCAAUAUGACAGUAAUAAUAUAAUGAUGAUGAUGAUGCUAAUAAGUAAUGUCACUCUUUUUCAGGAGGAGUUUGUUAAUGUAAUCGGUCAUAGGAUAUCAAAGACAUAUCAGCUGCUAAUGUCGCUCCGGAGGUUAUUUUUACAGUAUUUAGCCUUGCCUACUAAUAGCUAGUUGCUAUGGCUGCUAAAGUGAUCAAAGUAGUUUACCACAUCAUAAAUUAUGUUUCCCACAGUCACAGACAAUGUUAUUGUCCAACAGAAGCUGCUGCAGCUGUUUGCAACUGUAUAGCUUGCUUAGUAGGCCAGACUUUUGCGUUUACACCACCUGGUGGUCUUAUACUCUUCAGUUUAAAGCAGCAGUAUUUAUUACUAACUCAUAAUUGAUUAUGUAUAUGAUUUUAGGAUAUCUUAAAGCAGGACUUCAGGUUCCAGGGCCCUACAGGAAGCUUCAGCAAACUUACAAGAGGGCCUCAAGAUGAAAUAAAAUGUUUUAAAAUAAAACAAAAAUAAUGUUAAUAAGGUAAAAGAAACAAAAAUCAAUACAUUUGUUGUUUAUCUCACCCCUAAAUUUGGGAAAUUCUAAAUGUAAUUAUUUAAAUUUGUAACUAGGCCUAGUAACUUAUUUUAUGUACGGGCACUAUCCCAAAUUC